AUGACCAGGCUCAUGCAGAUUCUGCGCUUCGUCCACGGCGACUAUGCUCUGCAACACCAUCUCGCAGCUCGGCAAAGCACUCUCGAUCCCAGCUCGCAGGACCUUAUCGUGGAUGACGCGCAGAAACAGCGGUUUCUCGCCAUCGGCAUCGUGGCGCUCAUCUCGGCGGUAGCAACCCUGUGCCUGCUGUCCUUCCUGCUCUACCGGAUUGUCUUCUGGAGGAACUACUACAAGCGUCCGCUCACCCAGAACCAGUAUGUCUUGCUCAUCUUCAACCUCAUCCUGGCCGACUUCCAGCAGGCGCUCGGCUUCAUGAUAUGCCUCGUCUGGGUGUCGACAGGCUUCGUCCAGCACCAGACGGCUGCUUGCAAUCUUCAGGGCUGGUUGGUGCAGACUGGCGAUCCGGCGAGCGGAUUGUUCGUGCUGGCCAUUGCCAUCCAUACGUGUGCGGUCGUCCUGCGAGGACGACAACUCCCACAUGGUGUCUUCGUCGGCUGCAUCAUUGCGCUGUGGGCAUUCGUCCUGGUUCUGGGGUUCAUCCCAGUGGGAUUGUUUGGCAGUAACACGUUUGUCGUCUCCGAAGCAGGCUGGUGCUGGCUUAGUCGCGAACACGAGACCGUCCGGCUCUGGGACCAUUACGUGUGGAUUUUCCUCUCCGAAUUCGGCACCGUCGUGCUGUACGGCAUCAUGUUCUUCUACCUGCGCCGCCGCAUGAUGCAGGCGAAGAUCGUCCACCGCGGUCAGGAAGAGAACCUCAAGCGCCUCAACCGCGUCGUCAUCUACAUGGUUGUCUAUCCAGUCAUUUACGUGAUUCUCUCCCUCCCCUUAGCCGCGGGCCGCAUGUCCGUCGCGAGACACGUCGUCCCCAGUCGGUCUUAUUUCGCCCUUGCUGGCGCCAUGAUGGCGCUGUCCGGCUUCGUCGAUGUGCUCGUGUACACGUUGACGCGCAGACAUCUGCUCCUCGAGACCGAACAGAGCACUACCGACCGUCACUACGCGUACUCGGAGUCGAACCAUGCCUACCAGACGCAGGUCAGCACGACCAUUGGAGCUACGAGCAAGAAGCGUCCCGGCAUCGCCUCCCGUUUCCGUCGCGACGUCAAAGCCUCUGCCACCAUUACCUCCGUCAACGACGACCGAGACGCCUCGACCGACGACAUCGUCCGCAAGGGGGAUAUGGAAUUGUCCGAAAUGGCGCCGCCGGGGAUUUAUCAGGAGACGACGAUUGAAAUAACCCAUCACCCGGUCGAGCCGGAGGAGCCGUCGGACAAGAAGGCCCGCAGCAGCGGCUUAGCUGAGAGGUGA